UUUGGAAUCGUGUGUGAUUCUACAAUCCUUAAACAGUAGAUUUCAAUAUUAUAUCUGAGUUGCUCCCUUGGCGAGUCCCAACACACUCCACAAUGAAAGUUUUUAUCUGCCUAGCUGCUCUGCUGGUGGCCUCUGCCUGCGCCAGCAAACCCGAGGACGAGAAGGUGCCGCUGGAGAAGAAGCUGGACAAGCGCGGUCUGCUUGAUCUGGGCUACGGCUAUGGUCAUGCUGGUCUGGAUAUCGGCCACAUCGGUCACGGAUCCCUUGGUCAUGGUCAUGGUUAUGGCCUGAGCGGCUAUGGACACUCUGCACCCGCUGCUAUUGCUGUUGGACACAGCGGCUCUGGCAUCGCCUAUGGCCACAGCGGACCCGCCGUUGCCGUACACUCACAUGCCGUACCCGCUCCCUAUGUGAUCAGCAAACAGGCUGAUGUGCACAAGACCAUCACGAUCACCAAGGGUAUUCCAGUGCCCGUGCAUGUGGACCGCCCCUACCCAGUUGUGCAUGAGAAGCGCGUGCCAGUCGAGGUUAAGGUGCCCGUGCCACAGCCCUAUGAGGUCAUCCGUAAGGUUGCCGUUCCCGUCAAGGAGUACGUGAAGGUGCCAGUCCCAGUUCCUCAGCCCUACGAAGUUAUCCGCCACGAGAAGGUCCCCAUCCAUGUCCCAGUCGAUCGUCCAGUGCCCGUUGAGGUACCCAAGCCAUACCCCGUGCCCGUCGAGAAGCCCUACCCCGUCUAUGUGGAGAAGGUGCAGAAGGUGCCCGUGCAUAUCCCCGUCGACCGUCCCUACCCCGUCUACGUCAAAGUGCCCGUCGUCUCGCACUCCGUUGUGAAGCACGCACCCGCCGUUGCCGUCAGUCACUAUCCCGUCAGCCACUAUCCCGUCAGCAGCAUCGGCCAUGAUGCCAGCGUGUACGCCGACCACAGCGGAUACCACAAGUAAAGAGGAUUCGAAAUCUAUUGGAGCAAAUGGGAUUUAUCAGAAAUCAGCCGAAUCAAAUUUAGCAACAUUUUUUCAAUUCUGCCCAAACAAAAAGAACAACAAACGAAAACAAAAAAAUGAUACUUCUUACACGGUCUCUGCGCUCCCCCUUUUAAUUUUCAAGAGGUUCUAGUUGAACUUCCACCCUGCCACUCUCUGUUAGCUCUUAAGAAACCCUAAGGACGAACAACAAAAGCCUUUUGUAAAUUAUUUCCAAGAAACCAUCAAAUGGAGCAUUGUUAUAUAUGAAAUUAAAGUUUAGGAUAAAUUUCAGCUAAAUGUUUAUAAAAGAAUCGCAAUGUUUAUAAAUAUUUUAGCUGUUUAUGAUUAUCAGUGAACGGUUUCGUCAUACAAUGAAUGAAAAGCAUAGAAACAACAACAAAUAUGUAAAAAUCUUUUAAGAAAUAAAAUUGUAUAAAAUACAUAAA